CAGCUGGUUUGACAAGACAGACGUCAAUCUGACCAGGAGAAACACUAUGAAACAGUGCAGGCCUCGGUGCUGAACGGGUUCCCAGCAGCGCUACUGAGCUUCUGAGAACUUUAUGCAUGGAAAAAGGUCAAAGUUGGUCCAACUGAGAAGAAGAGGAGACUUGGCGGAGGGUGGACCAACAGAGGCAUAAAGAGGUCUUCAAAGGUCUUGCCCUGCAGUGUUGAGUAUCUAUUUUUGCAAGUAUGAAUCCAAUGUGGAAGGUAUACACGAACAAAGUGCUGAAGACCCUUAAUCCUGAGUAUGAGGAGGACACAGCUGAAGAGGUCACAGAGGUGGAGAGUGAUAUGAUGAGUCCAGUGCAGGAGGAUGCGGGACCAAACGCUGUAUCCCAGUUGGCCAGGAAAAUGCAGGGGGCCGGGACUAAAAGCUGGAACAAGCUAUCAGCUCUCUUCAACAAAGACGACGAACACCAGCUUCUAGAGGAGACUGAAAGUCCGCCAGUCGCCGACCAUCCACUUGCAGUAAAGCCAGAGGAGCCUCCUCCUCGACCCCCUAAGCGCUCGGGAUUCUGGGAUACCUUUGCAACCAACUUUGCUGCCAAGAAGCAGGCGGAAGCUGCAGCCGCUGCUGCCGCGGCACACCAGGCAGCAGAAGCCGGGCAGGGUGAGGAGGGGGUGACAGAGGCAGUAGGGGAGGUGACCCAGGAUGGGCAGGUCACCGAAGGAGGUGAUGGAGGAGGAGGACGGAGCAACAACAGCUUCUCCAAAUACGUCUCGCUUGGAGGAGGGAACCAGGACGCAUCCUUCAAGUGGAACUUUGUCACCAGCAAGCUGGCAGAGCUGAAGACCAAGACCAACUAG